AUGGACAACUCCAGCAAACUACAGCAGAUGCAAGAUGAAAUGUCCAGAUUCGAGGCAGAGAUCUCGGGAUCGGAUCUAUUGGCUAUGCGGCCAGUUAUCGGCGCGGGAACCUUUGGGGCCGUACAGCAACAAUUGGAGCGUGCUUUACCUCAUCCGCCAGCGAUGAUGCCCCAGUUUGAUGUGAUGGGAGCUCGCUUGAUGUACCCGACUGUACCACCUCCCCCGCCACCGCCAUCCAUGAUGGUACCAGCAUCGGUGCAAAGACGCCCACCGGGCAGUGAAGUUUUUCCCCCUCAUCCAUUCAUAAGACCAGGGAUGCCCGGGCCUCAAAUACCACCUCCACCUCCGAAGCCACAGCCAGUAGUACUCACCGCAGCUCCCAAACUGUAUAAACAAUCCAAGGAAGACGAGGCCUUAAAAGAUCAACUCGAUGGCAAGAAAAGGAAACGUGAACGUCCACUGACUCCUCCUCGAGAGCCUGAAAUAGAGCCUUUACCACCACCACCCAUUGUUCACAUAGAUACCAAUGUACCAAAGGCCAAAAAGGAGAAAAAACAUCGAAAGGUUGUGCGUACUGCCGGCGGUCAAACUUGGGAAGAUGUGACCUUACUUGACUGGCCCGACGAUGACUUUAGAAUGUUCUGCGGAGAUCUUGGAAACGAUGUUACUGAUGAACUACUGACCAGAACAUUUGGCAAGUACAGUUCAUUCCAAAGAGCAAAAGUUAUUAGAGACAAACGGACAAACAAAAGCAAAGGUUUUGGUUUCGUCAGUUUCAAAGACCCCGGAGACUUUAUUAAGGCUAUGAAGGAAAUGGAUGGACGCUACGUCGGCAGUAGACCCAUAAAGCUUAGGAAGAGUACUUGGAAGAAUCGUUCAUUGGAUGUUGUGAGGAAGAAAGAGAAAGAAAAGGCUGCACUCCUCUCACAACUCAUGUCGGGAAAUAAAAGUUGA